AAAUGUUUACCAGAUAUUAUCAAAGAAAUUGAUACUAAAAGUGAUGAAUGCGAAGAUAAACUCAAAUUACUUGGUACUGAAUUACCAAGAGAUUAAAAAGACAAAGUCUAAUUAGUUUUUAAUUUACUUCAAGAUUAUACAGAUGGAUUUAAAAAUACAAUGGAUGGAAAAUAUGAUAAAAAUGAAGCUACUAUUACUGAUGAAGAAAAGAAAAUUGAACUUACAGGAGGAGCUAAAAUUAAAUAAAUGUUUAACGAAUUAUAUUAAGAAUUUGCAGAUGAAAAAUAUCAUGUUACUGAUUGUUAUUUAGAUAAAGAUAUUGAAUUGGCUGAUCAAUUACAUUAAGGUGAUAGCAUUCCUGGAUUUCCAUCUUUUGAUAGUUUUCUCUAUUUAAUUGUUCCUUAAGUUUAAGCACUCAUUAGACCUGCUUAAGAUGUUCUAGAUCAAAUAUUUUAAUAUAUGGAUGAAAUCAGUUAACAAAUAUUAAGAAAAGUAUACGAUUCUAUUUUAUUUAGGUAUUUACUAGAUUCCCUUCAGUUUUAGAUGAAAUCUCUGAAAUGAGUAGAAAAGUCAUUGAAUCUCAAAGAGCCAAAGCUGAAUAAGUUGUGAUCAAUUAAAUUGAAGCAGAAAUGAAUUACAUCUAUACAAAUGAUGAAGAAUACUUAACAACCAAAGCAGAUCUUGUAUUUAAAUAAAACUCUAAGACUCUUGAUCCAAAAAAGAUAUUAGUCAGAGAACUUAGAAAUAGAGUAGAUCUCUAUUAUAAAAUCUUAAUCAGAAAUCUUAGAGAUAGCAUUCCUAAAGUAAUAUCUCUUUCUAAUAAUUUUAGUAUAUUGGGUAUUAUCUAGUGAAAUAAACUUUGGACAAAAUGUAAUUGGUUUUAUAUGAUCAAAUGAAUAAAAGUGAUAAUGUUUUCUAAAUGUUAGAAGAAGUAAAUGCAUUACUAUUUAUUAAUUUUAGCCAGUUUACAUCCUCUAAGAAAGAUAGCAACUCCAAAAAACGUUGAAAGCAUUGAAAUAAGCAAAGAAAGUACUUAAAUAAGACCCAGAGUAUUUAUAUUAUCCAUAAUGCAAGUCUUUCGAAGGGCCGUGGUUGAUUGAACAUAUUAUAACAUAUUAAAAUAAUA